AUGUGAUGCUAAGAUGGCGGCGCAGCGGUAGCUGUCUCUGGGUUGUGGCGUCCAAGGAGCCCCGACGGUUUCUGCCUUCGGGCCGUGGGGGCGGCAAAGCUUGGCUGACUGCUGCGCCCACGUGAGGCCCUCAGGCAGGACUGGGCCUGUUGCGGUCGCGGUGGGCUCCGGGGAGUGCUGGUGAUCUCGUUGCAGGUGCCUUGCGCCGGCGGUGCUUGCCGGAGGAAGAGCGAGAGAGCGACCGUCCUCCGCCGUCUUCUGGGUCUGCAGCUUUGCAGUUCAUGGGCCUCUGCGGGCUCCGGAGGAGCUGUACGUGUAAGAGCUGUACGAGAGUUCGAGCUCCCUAGUGUGAGAGGCAGCCUAGGAUCCCUGGGGCCUCAAGGACUUCGCUUCCUCCUUCAGAGGCCGGGCUUUGCCGCGUCGAUUGACCCUGCGUUCUUUCCCACUUCCUCUCAAUGUUCUCUCUGUAUAUCAGGAAAUAUGAUCAGCGCCCCUGAUGUGGUAGCCUUCACCAAAGAAGAUGAGUACGAGGAAGAGCCUUACAGCGAACCGCCCCUGCCUGAGGAGUACUCCGUGCCGCUCUUCCCCUUCGCCAACCAGGGCGCCAACCCGUGGUCUAAGCUGUCCGGGGCCAAGUUCUCGAGGGACUUCAUCCUUAUUUCUGAGUUCUCUGAGCAGGUGGGACCCCAACCCUUGCUGACCAUCCCUAAUGACACCAAAGUUUUUGGCACUUUUGAUCUCAAUUACUUCUCUCUGAGGAUCAUGUCUGUGGAUUACCAGGCUUCCUUUGUGGGCCAUCCUCCCGGUUCCGCGUACCCUAAGCUGAACUUCGUGGAGGACUCCAAAGUAGUGCUGGGAGACUCCAAGGAAGGAGCCUUUGCAUAUGUGCAUCACCUCACUCUGUAUGAUCUAGAGGCGCGAGGCUUUGUGAGGCCCUUCUGCAUGGCAUACAUCUCAGCAGACCAGCAUAAAAUCAUGCAGCAGUUCCAGGAGCUCUCAGCUGAAUUUUCUAAAGCCUCCGAGUGUUUGAAAUCAGGCAACAGGAAGGCGUUUGCUGGGGAGCUUGAAAAAAAGCUGAAAGACUUGGAUUAUACUAGGACAGUCCUGCACACAGAGACGGAGAUCCAGAAGAAAGCCAACGACAAAGGUUUUUACUCAUCUCAGGCAAUUGAGAAGGCUAACGAACUGGCCAGUGUGGAGAAGUCCAUCAUUGAACAUCAAGACCUGCUGAAGCAGAUCCGAUCGUACCCUCAUAGGAAGGUGAAGGGGUCUGAUUCGUGUCCUGGUGAGAUGGCGCACACCCAGGAUCAGGCUGACCCUGCAUCCACUACCUCCAUCCUAGAUGAGUCUGCUGACCCAGACAUCUACACCUGCAGACCAGCGUACACCCCAAAACUGAUCAAAGCGAAGUCCACCAAGUGUUUUGACAAGAAGUUGAAGACCUUGGAGGAGCUCUGUGACACUGAGUAUUUCACCCAAACGCUGGCCCAGCUCAGCCACAUUGAGCACAUGUUCAGAGGAGACCUGUGCUACCUCCUGACCAGUCAGAUUGACCGAACACUUCUGAAACAACAACACAUAACGAACUUCCUCUUUGAAGACUUCGUGGAGGUUGAUGACAAGGUGGUGGAGAAACGAGAGAGCGUGCCCUCUCAGCCCAGUCAAGACAGGCUGCCUUCCCGGUCUCUGGAAGAAUGCCCGAUCCCUAAAGUGUUAAUUAGUGUUGGUUCCUACAAGUCCAGUGUGGAGUCUGUGUUGAUAAAGAUGGACCAGGAGCUUGGAGAUGAGGAAUACAAAGAAGUAGAGGUGACAGAAUCAAGCAGUUUUGACCCCCAGGAAAACCUGGACUACCUGGAUAUGGACAUGAAAGGGAGCAUCAGCAGCGGUGAAAGCAUUGAAGUCCUGGGCACAGAGAAGUCUGCCGCUGUUCUGUCCAAAUCUGACAGCCAGGCUAGCCUCACGGUGCCCUUGAGCCCCCAGGUGGUCCGAAGCAAAGCGGUCAGCCACAGGACCAUCAGCGAGGACAGUAUUGAAGUCCUGAGCACCUGUCCUUCUGAGGCCCUCAUCCCUGAUGACUUUAAGGCCAGCUACCCAAGUGCCAUUAAUGAGGAAGAAUCAUAUGCAGAUAACGAAGGGGCCAUCGAGUUCAAAGCUAGCAUCAGUCCACUGGAGCUGGGUGAGGCCCAGGAGGGUGGCUUGGAAAACACCCCACCCCAGAUAGAUUCCUCCUGCUGUAUUGGAAAGGAGAACCAUGGUCAGCUGGUACCACUCCCCACCCCUGCCCACACUCUCUCCGAUGAGGAUGGUGUGGUGAGCAUUCCCCCGCAGCGCUACAGGCAGAAGGACCAGGGCUUCCAUGUGGACUUUGCAGUGGAAGACACCAACCCUUCCCGAGACGACAGUUGUGAGGCAUUCCCGGCUUAUGAAUUGGACCCGAGCCGCCUGCUGGCUAGCCGGGAUGUCAGUAAGACUAGCCUGGAUAACUACUCCGACACCACCAGCUACGUGAGCAGCGUGGCCUCCAGCAGCUCGGACAGGACCCCCUCCUCUGCUCACCCUGUCAGCCUGUCUUCCGAGAGGCACAGAAAGAGGGCUGGCCAGAAUGCCUUAAGAUUCAUCCGCCAGUACCCCUUCGCCCACCCGGCCAUCUACUCCCUGCUCAGUGGGAGGACCCUUGUGGUUCUAGGAGAGGAUGAGACCAUAGUCAGGAAGCUUGUGACAGCACUGUCCAUCUUCGUUCCCAACCAUGGCCACUGUGCCAAGCCUGUGAAGCACUGGGUCUCCUCUCCUUUGCACAUUAUGGAUUUUCAGAAGUGGAAGCUUAUUGGCCUGCAGAGAGUGGCCUCCCCUGGCAGUGCAGGCACCCUUCAUGCCUUGAGCCGGUACAGCCGCUACACAAGCAUCUUGGACUUGGACAACAAAACCCUGCGCUGUCCCCUGUACAGGGGCACGCUGGUGCCCCGCCUGGCAGACCACCGCACUCAGAUCAAGCGGGGCGGCACCUACUACCUGCACGUGCAGAGCAUGCUCACCCAGCUCUGCUCCAAGGCCUUCCUCUACACCUUCUGCCACCACCUGCACCUGCCUGCCCAUGACAGGGAGACAGAGGCCAUAGUGGCUAGCCGCCAGCUGAGCUUCCUGAAGCUGAACCUGGGCCUAGUGAAUGAGGACAUCAGGGUGGUGCAGUACCUGGCUGAGCUGCUGAAGCUGCACUACAUGCAGGAAUCUCCUGGGACCAGCAACCCCAUGCUCAGGUUUGACUAUGUACCCAGCUUUUUGUACAAAAUCUGAGGUUGGUCCCAGCCACUGUGACCAAGACCUGUGACUCAGGGUACGGCGAGGGCAGGGGCUGGCAUGACCAAAAGGUUGCCCGAGCUGGACUGUUGAGAUUUCUGGUCUUGCCAGUAGGAAGGAGACAGAGAGUUGAGAGUCCAGUUUUCUGAAAGUGUCUGGAAGUACAGUCAGUUUCCUUUGGCCCUGGUGAAGAAUGGCCCCUGGAUAAGGGGGUGUCUCUGGCUUUCUGAGGACCAGCAACCCAAGCAGGAAGAAAAAGCCUCAGUCUUUGGGUAGGGAAGAGGUAAGGGGUGAAGCUAUAGUGGAAGCACACUGGCCACAUUCAGCAUCACUGGACACUUGAAUGGCAAGAAUCACCCGGGGAAGCAGCCUGUUAACUGAUGAUUUGGAAGAAAACAGAAUGAUAAAAUGUCGUUGCCUCAUUGAGAUCCCCAUGUGGCACUUUAUUUGGCCUCUUGGAGCCCAUCAUCCCAGGGGAGGCUCCUAAAUGAGAUGGAGGAAGAAGGCUCCGGCCAGCUGGGGAGUGGGAAACGCGCUUCUAGGCUCCAAGGCUGCAGAGAACACGAGCCGCCCCUCUGUCCUCACCUCUGCAGGGAGGUGGCCCUGGGAGAAUACUCACAGUCAUCACUAGGCCCAGGUGGGAAAGAGGCGCCAGGCGGCCACAGCCAGUGUGAGGACUCCUGGGACUGCAAGUGGAGCCAGCCAUGGGGCCACAGGCUGUCUCCACCGUUCAGGUGAUGAGCUGUAGUUCUGGGUCUGCCCAUGGCGCUUUCUCGCCAGAGCGCAUGAGCACUGAUUGUCCCCUGGGAAGGUCACAUGCUAGGACUUGGCAGAGGUCAUAACUCCAGUUGCCACCCACAGCAAACCUUUGCAACCACUUCACUACCUCUCACGGGGUCUUACGGGCCUGGGGACAGCGGUUUUCUGCUUAGCUGUUCGGUACGGAUGGUCAGCCUGGCUGGCGGGAACUGAGAUGGCAGGGAUUUCACUGGCCAGCUCCCACGCGGCCCUGCCUCUGGCAGGCUGUGCUUACCUGUUCCCACAGCUCACGACUGCCCCUGUGCAAGUCGCUGUUCAAAGACGGUAUUGUCCUCUGGCCUCUCCAUCACCUUUCCCAUUUCUGGUGAUCAGCAUGGCCUCCCCACGGCUCUGUACCAGCUGUCACUGCGUUUCUCACAACCUUGAAAAAUACCAUACUUUUAUUUUUAUGCUGUUUCUUCCCUGUAAGUAGGGACAGCUCUAGGUGUUACUGCUUUUUAAUUUGUUCCAUGAAAACUGCUCAACUAGCCCUGAGUCAGUCCUGCGUGUGCAUCUUUCAGCCUGUGUGCCCUGUACUUGUGUCCUGCUGUUGUGGCUUGGUCUCCCUGUCAGCCUGUGCACACCACCGAGCCCCUCACUGAGAGCGCCAGCCUUGCUUCUGAGACCGCAGAGACGUGGUAGAAAGCAGGUGACCGAAGACAGCUCGCAACACAUCGCUCCUUCAGUCACCUUCCUUGCCCAGGUCCUUGGCGCAAAGAUAGGACCUGUUGGCUUCAGCCGUUGGGUUCUCAUCAGGGACCCUGUUUCUGUCAGAGUACGAGAUUCUGAUUCUGAGGCUGUGCCGAGAAUCUUCUGGGCCGUGUUGCUGCCUGCGUCGUACCAGUUGUCUUUGCCCGUUACAUGUGUCCACAGACAGAAGCCAGAGGACACCUGGGCAGCUUCUGACUGGACUAUCCGGUCUGUUCUCUGUAUGGGCUCCUGAUCCGUUAGCACUUCCCUCUAGUACUUUAGAUGCCACUUGGCUGUUGUGUGGGUGGCUCAGCCCUGUCUCCUCACGCCUGCGUGGACAUGAUCUCGCAGUGAUCUUGGGGAGAUCUGUGGAGUCCAAGAGAUGGGCUGGAAGCAGUCGUCGGCACCACUGCUGCUGCCUUUCUGUGUGUCACACGUCGCGGAAACUCACUGCCGAUACUAUGCUUACCUGGGAAACUGAUAAAGGUGAUGAGCUUUGUGCAGAAACUGAACUGCAGCCCUGCCUGUAGCUACGGCCAUGCCUGCGCUGGUCUUAAGUGGGAGUCCACAGGGUUAGGGUGGGGUGGUUGUGUUUCUCCGCGCUCAGCCCUAGGCUGGCUCAGUAAUGAAGGCGGAGCCUGGUGAGGAGCAAACAGAACAGGUAGUCCUGUAAAUGACAGACGAGCCUCAGCCUCGAAGUGGUUCCUGUCCUGAGUAGGGCUUGAACACCCCAGAUUUAGAUUUGGUUAUGGACAAACUUUUCUGCAUGGCAAUUUGAAAGGGUUAUUUAAAUAAAGCGUGUUUCCUUUCAAGAGGGUUCUCAGAACAGUGCUGGGACUGAGUCAUCGCUUGGGCAGAGGUUAAUCCUGGACGCACUCAGGCGGGAGACGAGCCUCUCCAUUUUGGAGGACUUGAAGUUUUAGAAGUCUCACCUUGACAUGCGGAGACACAUGCAAUGGGACUAACCUCUUCAACAAGAGUUUUCAGUCUGGUAUUCCUCUAGUAAUGGGCUAAGAAAUUUCCAUCAGCAUUUAAAGACAUCUCCUAGAAAGUAGGUGACAGCAAUUCCUUAUUCUUUACUCCUGUCACUUCAGUGGCCUGCUGCUGAAACUGGCUGGCUGAGGUUGGUUUUAACUUGACUUCCAACCUGUUCUCUCUCCCUUUUGUAACAGUCCAGGUGAAGAACCACCUAUUAGGGUGGCAGUGAUACUCGCAGAGGCUCCAUUUUAGGGAUCAGUCUGUGGCCACCUCUAAUGUGGGGCAGGAGGGGUGUGCCGGCCUGAGGUGCUGCCGCCUCCUGUCUCAGUGUUUCCCUAGUAAUCGUUGGUGGAAUCUUCAGAUUUUAGGAAUUGUAACUUCUCCGCACAAUUUACAGUGGUUGAAGUUAUACACAUUGCUCCUGGGUUUAGAAAUGGACAGUGAUAGGGAACCUGGCAUUCCCCACCUUGCUUUUAAUCUGUUUCAGAUCACUUGCUGUAUAGAUUUCAGCCCCCACCAAUUCAGAAGUUCUACUUCAAAUUUGUAAGGCCAGUAGACUUAGACGUCACCCUAAGUGCCAGAGCGGCUAUGGCUCUGCUAGAGGGAAAGAGCAGCCCUCCACUCGCUGGAUAUCUUGCGUGUACACUGGCCAUCUGCCAGUAAUCAGCACGUGUCCCAUGCCCAAGCGUGAGUGCCGUUUGUGGGCUGGUGUCUUGUCCCGUUGUGUUACGUCUUCGUCUGCAGGGCCAGCAGUACCAACCGGGCUAACGGAGAGGUGUUCGCAGACACGUAGGCCUCUGGAGGAGGUAAGCUGGCACGGCAGGCACACGGGCUUCCCCCAGGCUCCUUUACCCUCCCUCUCCAGAAGGCUCAUGAGGAAGUGCCUUGGGCUGUGCUUUGAAGAGCACUAGCUAGCUUUUGGCUGUGCCCCAAAACUGUGAUCAAAAGUGACAGAAUUGGAAUUUUUAAGAGACAAAAGUAUUAACAGACUGCAAAGAGGAAAAACCAAAUUUCUACUGGCCGGAAAGCAAAGCCACUUUCAGGUGAUAAGGACGGGCGUAAGUCCCCAUCUCCCUCCCUGAGCCCCUCGUCUGCUAGUUUGGUUGAAGCUUUGGGAAGGAUGUGGCAGAAGGGGAUGGGGGAGUGGGGGUAAGGUGAAAAGCUCCAGCUUGUAACUUGCUGGUACGUGACUCAACUCAGGAGGGUCUGCUCGGCUCCCAACCGGAGAUUACACACAAGGGGCUUGGAGAUGUCCCAUUACCUUCAGCUGGGCAGGAAUCAAGCUUCCAAAUUUAAGACUGCUGAGGCAGCACAUCAGCUCCCAGAUCUGAGGCGGAGCUGUGGGGACUGAUGUCACCCACGUCCAGUGGGGACUGCUGCAGCUGUCUGCACGCUGCAGUGCCGGAAAUACCUACGCCUUGGACUCUGAGCCCUGGGGCCCAUCACCUACAACGCAGGACCCCAGGGAGCCUCAGCCAGGCUGUCUGACACUGGAUAGCUGGAGCCACAGUUUGGACUGAGAUAAAUGCCACUCUAGAGGCUGCAGUGAGAAAAAGCAUAGUUCGUGCUGAACUCGUAGUUAUUUUCUAAAAAGCUAUUUUAUUAUUGCAUGUCUGUGUCUGUGAAUGUUUGUCCUGACCCCACGAGCUGAAUUGUCACAGUGGCUAAAGCCAGAGUAUGACUGACGUAUGUGACAGUGUCUCACAGGUGUGACUGCACAAGUUUAACCAGAGUAAAUGCCAAACACAGUAUGAGGAGUGUACUUUUUAAGAAAUUAAUUUAUUUGAGUUUAGAUAUUUUUGAAAUAUAAAAAUUGGUUGUAUUUUUUAAAGCUAUGAUUCUUGUAGACAUUGUGGUUAAAAAUUUGAUUGUGCUUAUUAAAAUGGUCAUGUAUGGUUUGCAUCUCAGCUAUGUGAAAAAUAAAAUUCUCUGGGAAGGUGACAUUUGGGUUCCUGAGUGGAGGAGGGAGUUGGUUAUCUUGAGCAGAACAGAAAAGCCUGUAUUACCUUGUUUUUUGUUUUUUGUUUUUUUUUCCUCCGGUACCGGG